AUGUUGUUGUCACCCAAGAGGAUGUGUAUAGUGACUCGACAGACAAUACCAUCAGCUUUUAUGAUAAAUUUACGACCUGUAUAUUUCCCCUCAACGAAUCAAGAUGAGAACAUAAAUGCAAACGACAAUUCAAUUGCAAAUAUACAUUCACAUUCACAUCCAUAUCCAAAAUCACAUUCACUUCAACUUUUACCUGAUCGGUUAAUCACUCCUGGACGUAGUAAAACGGGAAAAGGGAUGUGGGUUAGUUGUCAUCGUGAUACAAUAGCAAAAUUACAUGGUAAAGGUCCGCAUACAGGUAUAUUGAAACAGAUUCCAUCGUGUACCGUUCCAAGGAAUAUAAGAGAUAUCGUACAUGCUCAGUUGCUGGAAAGGACCAAAAGUGAAUUAAUCAAUCUAGUCAAUAAAAUGAAUAGUAAUAUGAGAACUGGACUUUGGAUCGAUGAUGGGAUGGACGUAAAUGGGGAAAGAGAAUAUUCACCUGUUUUGACAAGGUUGACUAUGUCCGAAUGGAAGACUAUUUCAUCGUUGACAUCGUCAAAUUCGUCAUAUUUACCAACAGCUUCAGCUUCAUCCUCACCUACAGCUUCAUACCUGGAAGAAUCAGGUAACGGACUGUCGGAUACUUCGUCUAACGAUAACAUAAUAGCUUUAUUGGAUAUAUCAAAUCUACCUUUUUCCUUUCCUUCAUCUACUUCUGUCGAUUCUUCCUCCGCCUCGUUGAUAACGAGCAAUAACCAUGGACCAGAUCCACUUGCAACACUCAACGCAGCAUCAUCAGUAUCAGUGACGCUUCUCAACAAUCACCAAACUCCGUUAUACGAUCUAUCAGUGUUGUUUCCCAAAGAAUCAGAUCAACUUGAAGUACUCAAAUUGAUCAAAAAAGCGUUAUCUUUAGAGAGAAAAAUGAAAUUGAAAUCCAAAGAAAUAAGCAAAAAUCAAUCAUCAUCUUCAAAAGGCAUCGAAGGAACCGUUCCGACCAAACAAACACCCCGAUCCACAUCGCCAUUAUCCCAUGAACCAUCAUCAUCAUCAUCACCUUUACCAAUAACAGAGAUACACAGUGAGAUACCUAUAAUAGCUUCGCACAAAUCAAAAGAGUCUUCGAAAAUACAUUCAAAUAUCAUCGCUCUCCACACUCAAUCUAUCCCUACCCACAAUCAUCCUCUCAAGGUGAAUCCAGACUCCAGUACACAACCAAUUUCAAAUACCAAUUCGAAUUCCAGUUGGGGCAUCCCAUUAUUCAUGGCUUUAUGGAAAUUACGUUGUUACUCGGGUGAAGGAUGGACUACAACGUGA